GAGAAAUUUGUGCGAUCCUCAAUUUUCGUUUGGAGGUUUCCUAUCGAAAGUAGAAGAGUACAGAAGUUGGAAGAAAUUCUUCUAAGAUAUGGAAAAGACAACAAUGGUGUUCAAAUGGACGCGUGCCCUUUCUCGCGAAGGGUUUACCACUUCGAAUUUCUACUUUUCAGAAUUGGACGAAUCAUCGUAUUAUAUAGACAGAAUCUCACGACCGCAUUACGUCGCAGUUAUAUCUAAUUCCAACGAGAUAAAUGAGUUCUCUUUAGCAAUCAAGAACUUUAACAUGUCAUACGCUAAGUGGCUAGUGAUAUUCAUUUACGAGGAACGUGGUUCCGAUUAUUGUCAUAAUCCACCAGGAAACAUAUUUCAUUUAAGAUUCAAUUCGGAAGUAUUGGUCCGUUGCGGUACGGAAAAUAUUUUACGAGAGUGGUAUUCCAUCGAUUCGAAUCGAACUGAGAUCGACGAUGUAGCAACUUGGAGUUUGGAGAAAGGAAUUAUUAAUAUUGCACCAAGUGCUCUUUACGAGAGAAGAUAUAAUUUACGGCGUUUGGUCAUGAGAACCGUUAUAGUUAGGAAUUCAUUAUUCGUAAAAAUAAAUAAGAACGGCGAAUUAGACGGUAUGUUCGGUAAAAUAUUAAUAGAACUUUGUGAGACACUUAAUUUUACUUUCGACAUUGUUUCGGAAGUUGAAGAGUACGGAACUUGGAAUCCAACAAAAAAAACUUGGUCCGGUGCAGUGGGAGAAUUAUAUGCUGGACGUGCUGACAUUUCUAUUUCAGAUUUUUCUAUGACCAGUGCAAGAUUGAAUGUCGUCGAUUUUACGCUUCCUCUUUUACUUACCAAAAACUCUGUUUAUUUCCGCAGACCAACAAUAUAUGCGAUUAAUUGGUCGUCUUAUUUCCUAACUUUCUCCAAUUAUAUCUGGAUUGCUAUAUUCGCAAUAUUAAUUCUUGCAUCGAUAUUACUAGUUUUUCUCAAAAUAAAAGAUGGAACAGAUUAUAACAUAGGACGUUUAUUGUCCGAUAAUUUUCUCGAGAUUUGGGGCAUAUUUUGUCAACAGGGGCUCGCAGAUUUUCCUAAAAGAUCUUCGUUAAAAAUCGCAUACUUCUCUGUAUUUCUUUUGGCUGCAGUUUUAUUAGGAGCCUAUUCCGCGGCUUUGGUAAGCUAUUUAACAUCUGCUGUCAUCAUUUUACCGUUUCGUUCGUUAGAGAGCUUCGUUGCAGAUGGUACUUAUAAAUUUGCCGUUAUUCGCGAUUCUGCGGACUAUGAUUUGUUCGCAAAUUUUGAACAUCCUCUUUCAAAGAAUUUAAUGGAAUUAAUGCUGAAAGAUGAAGAAUUGCCAAAAAAUGUAUUAGAAGGAUUUAGGAAGAUUUGCAAAGAUCGGAAACAAGUAAUCUACUCGUCCAACGAAAUACAGAAUACUAUAAGUCUUAAAAUACCAUGCAAAAUUGUUUCUUUCGAAACAGGAUUUGUAGACAAUUUGGCCAUAAUUUUAUCCAAGGACAAUCCAUUCACAGACAUUAUUAAUUUUCACUUACAGAAAUUUAUCAAAAAUGGAAUGGUGAAUCGUUUAAAGGGUAUGAAAUUUGAAAAGAAUUCCAAUUAUGUUACGCAGCCAAAACCGGUUUACAUAACCAGUGUAAUAUCACUUAUUUUCUUCGUUAUGAUAGGUAUCAUUUUGAGUAUUUGCAUUUUGAUUAUAGAGAAGUGUGUUUUCUUUUAUAAAAACAAAGAGGAUUUGAUUGUAAAACGUAUGCCAUUGAAAAAAUCAUUAGAAUUUUAUGUAAAGAGGAAGAAAAUUAUAAAUAACAUUGAAAAUUAUCACGCGAAUCGAAAAUGUGCACGCGUAAAAUAUUAACAAAAAUGCUAAUGUUCGUUCUCAAUAAAUUUUUAUUGAUUUAUAUUAUUCCGAUUGUAAUUUUCUAAUGGCAUAGAAAUAAGCUUACACGUAUCUAAACUUUUGCAUUAUUUAGCUAUUUUGAAAUAGUUAUAAAUGUAAUCGCGUGUAUGAAGCAUCAUCUUUAUUUAUCAUAUAUAUAUAUUUUUUUUAUGUAUGA